UUUUAGUGAUUGCUUGGUUUAGGAUGAUGAAUGACGCGUUGUACAAUAUAUUCACCAAAUGUGUUGGGUUUGCAUAUCUAACGCGUUAGCGAGCUAACAGUUAUGCCAUCAUGGGCGUUGACAAUCUGGUUUCAAGAUGGCACUUUGAUGACGGGCUGAAGGAUACAACUGCUUAUUAACCGACCAAAUCUCACAGCACAGCAGCAAUGUCUUCCUUAGGAAAGGAAAUGACUGACCUUCAUUUAAGCCUUGAUUGUGGUGAUAAUGCUGUUAAAACACAUACCCCACACAUUCAACCAGAGUGUGUUGGACCUAUACAGAUAACUGAAGAUGUCACAUCUGACACGCUAAAUUUCAGCAGAAGAAACUUAAAAUAUGUUGUGGAUUGCAUUUUGAAGGAUACUACUUUAAAGAAUUUGUAUCUUGAAGGUAAUGAAAUAUCCAGGCUUCCGGAUAUGCUGUUCACCAGUUUGUCAAACUUGGUGUGGUUAGAUCUCAGAAAUAACCAAAUCACGUCCCUUCCUGCGAAAAUUGGUCUACACAGAUGUCUGAAAACGUUGCUGCUAGAAGGGAAUCCUAUCACAGAGCUUCCACUGGAACUGGGUAACGUGAUUACUCUCAAGGCCCUGAGUUUGAGGCAUUGCCCCAUCACGUUUCCACCUCAAGAGGUUGUGGGGCAGGGCCUCCAAUGCAUCCUACAGUACCUACGGAGUGCCAUGGCCGAACGACCGGUUAGUGUGCGGAACUCUCUUCCAGACAUGCCCCCAGUGGAGAAGCUACAGUUGACAGAGCUUGUGAAGUCCAGUUUGGACCUUUGUGAAGAGGUGGUGGAUGAAGAUGAGCUGCAGAGGUUCAGAGAGCUGAGGCAGAAGAUGAGCCAAAUGGACAGAGCUGAGUUUGGCUAUGCCCUCCCUAUUUCACGCCUCCCUAGAGCAGCAGAGGGUGAUAGAGGCCACAAGACAUACCCUCUGCCCGUCAUUAAAAGAAAGAAAGAGAUUACCAGGGGAAAUAUAUUUCCUGAGCUCCCUCCCUUUGACAUGCAGUACUGGAAGAGGUCAGAGGAGAGAAGAUUGGCUGCAAUGAAAGAGCUUAAAGAAAAACAAGCAAUUCUUGAACAAAGGAGGAAUUUCAGAAAGCAGGGGUGUAUUGUCUCAAAUUGGCAUUUGAUGAAGUCCCAGAAAGGGAGGGAUCAAUAUUAUGUGUCUGCAAAAACCAAUGCCAAUAAGGGAGACCAAGAGCUCCUCAAGGAAUGGCGUACUCAUGCUAGGGUCAUGCAGGAGAGGAAAAUCUUAGAGCACAAGCAGGAAAGGCGUGAGCGACAUAGAAGAGAAGAGACGUUGAAAAAGAUAGCGUCAGGCUGCGCAGACACUCAGCUGAGGCUGUCCAGGUCAGGGGCAGCGACAGGCCUAGCUAACGAUGGAUCACUGUGCCUCCAGUGUGCCGAGUCAGUCAUCCUGCAGUCAGAUGUCCCCAGUGAGGCUGCACCACAGCUGGUACCGAUAAACGCUCCAUAUGCCACAGAGUCUCUGUGUAGUGUUGUUGAAAGUGGUGAGGUCAAGACCCACAACCCCCCACCAAAGAGGCUCCAGAGACAGAGAUCGUUCCAGUCCCAGAAGGAACACAAGGAAGCCAGGGCAGCCCGCGACCGUGAGUUAGAGCAGCGGAUCAGGAGCCAUGUUCAGAUGAUCCAGGAGAGGCGCAGGAGGCCCAGUGGCACUGCCCAAGAGGAGACAGAAGCUGCAAGGCAGGACAUGGAGGAAGCCAAGAGAUUGCAGUCGCAACUUGCUGAGAGGAAACAUGAGAGCGACAUUGAGUAUCGAUUCAUCGCAUUUACUGGGGAGAACUCGCCAAGAUGCUAUGACAAGUGAAAGUAUUUUUGUGUGUGUAGACCUACUGCCAUUUAGAAUUGUUGCCGGAUUAAAUUAAUUGACAUUGUAUGCAAAGAAGUAGUACAGGACAGGGUAGUAUGGAAUUAUAGCACCCUACAAACAGUUUACUCAAUCACAAUGGCAUCCGAUACCCAUUCAUCAAUAAACAUUUCAGCCUGU